UUCUACUCUGUGGAAAUAAUCAAGCUGAAAUUCCAAAAUUAUUCUUUGACAUCUCUUGACCCCCGAUUUUUACUGCAUUAUUCACUACUUGUACCUUUAGUUCAAAUUAAUUAAUUACUGUAAAUUUUUUUUUUUUUUUUUUUUGGGACUCGAAUUGGAGCUUAAUAGCAGGUCCGUACCCCCUUCGAAGAAAACCCUAAAUCAUUCUUUACAGAAAAAAAGGACUAAAGUCUGAAAUUUGAGAAACAGUAGAGACUCCUCUUUCAUCGUUACAGAGUUUCAGAUACACAGUGUGUGUAAAACAAACACACAUAUAUAUUAUAUUCAGAAAGAUAGCGACUUUUACAGCGAGAAGAUAGAGAGAUGGUAGGAGGUGAGGGGAGAGAAGGGGAUUGGGAGUGCAGUGGAUGUGGGAACAGAAACUACGCCUUCAGAUCAUUCUGCAACAGGUGUAAGCAGCCUCGCCUUCUCGUCGACAUCAAAACCCCUGCUGAUUCUAAAUGGCUCCCUCGUAUUGGCGAUUGGAUCUGCACCGGUUGCACUAACAACAAUUAUGCGUCACGAGAAAAGUGCAAAAAGUGUGGGCAGCCAAAGGAGUUAGCAGCAAUGCCAGCAAUUGCAAUACCUGGAGCUUCUCUUCCAACUCAUCCACAUUAUUUUGCCAGGGCAAAUGGAGGACCAGAACAAAAUAUGAAUAUCAGAUUGUUAGGCAAUGGAAUUCUCCAGCAGUCACUUCCUUUGAACCCUAACUGGUCCUUAGGAGGAGCUGAUAAAUACGGACUUCAACCAGCUUCUACUUGGCCUGUCAGUGAGAAUCAAAGUUUUGGAUUCGCAUAUUCAAACCAAGCAAAUCAGAAUCUUAUGGUUCCGAAAGGAUGGCGCAAUGGUGACUGGAUUUGCAACUGUGGCUUCCACAACUAUUCUUCUCGUGCACAGUGCAAAAAAUGCAAUGCUUCUAUGCCUCCAGCACUUGGUACAAAGAGAUUAGCAUCUGAAGAACUUGUCCAUGAUUGGGAUAACAAGAGGCUGAAUGCUGGACAUACACAUGGACUGCAACAAUCAUACCCUGGAUUUGAGCAAACGGCAGGUUCUGGUGGUGCCAAUCAAACAAACGGAGUGUAUACCCCUUUUCCUAGUGGAACCUCAUCAGCAGCUCCAAAUAUUCAAUUCAACCUGCAGUUGCCACAUCAAGUGACAAUGCCUACUCUAUUUGGGAAAGGUAGAGCAAAGCAAUGGCGUGAUGGGGAUUGGAUGUGUACGAAUUGCAACAAUCACAAUUAUGCAUCUCGAUCAGAAUGUAAUAGGUGCAAGACUCAGAGAGAUGGACUCGUUCAACCAGUCAGUGUUGCAUAGCCAUAAACUCAUGAAGGCUUUUAUAUCAUUGUAACGUCAGGUGGUGCUUGUUUAGAUUUCACUUUGCUCUUUCCAUUAUGUAUCAUGCUGCUGGCAGAUUGAAGAUUGUUACAGAUUUCAUUUGCUCCCUAGUAAUUAUAUAAGACGGUGGCCAUGAUCCUCGAGUCCCAAGAGUGUAAUUGCCUGCUUGGGUUUAAUUUUGUUCUAAUAUGAGCUGCCUUUUUAUCUGGAGUCUAUGCAGGUUUUUUCCCCCUUUAGUGAUCAAUAAAAUUGUGCUUGUUUUAUUUCUAUCA